UCGCCAUCUUAUAUAUCUACCAAAUUGAAGGAAGAAAACAAAGCAAACAAAAGCAUCUGAACUCAAAAAAGAAGAAUACCCAAAAAGAAUAUAUUUUUCAUUUCGGAAGUAUGGUGACAGAAGAGCUUAUCAACAAGGCCUUUUCUGAGGCCAUGGCAGCUCAUAAGUAUCCAGAUGAGGAAUUUCUGGAAAAGAGAGGUUCUUCAGAAGUUAUUUUCAGCUUUCCAGGAUAUUGGUCUGUGAAGGAUUGGUAUAGUGAAGGAGCCUUUGGAGAAACCGGGAUCGAUUCGGCUUUCUUUCCGUCUCUCAGAAGCAUUGGCAACAAUGAAUAUGCAGUUGUGAAUAAAGCUUUUCAGGAAAGAUUUAAACUAGUUGCAGAGAGAUCUCAGCUACGGAAUAGGGUGGAAGAGGCUGUGAGAGACAACAUGCAGAUAGUAUUCACAGGGCACUCUUCUGGUGGCCCAAUCGCAGUGCUCGCCGCAAUUUGGCUCUUGGAAGACUAUGCGAAACAAAAGUCUCAAACGCUAAUCUCACCUCUCUGUCUCACUUUUGGAUCUCCCCUCAUAGGAAACCACAUCUUUUCUCAUGCUCUCAGGCGAGAGAACUGGUCUCGCUACUUCUUCCAUUUUGUCACGAGAUCUGACAUAGUCCCUCGUGUUUUUCUCUCUCCUCUUCCAUCCAACGAACAACAUUUUCAGCUACUCCUAGAACACUUCAGACUACAAUCCUUAUCAACAAGCCGCGGAUCUCAUGGAGCACCCAAAUUCGCUUAUGAUUUCUUCAUCAAUGUGAUGAGGAAUGCCUUGACCCUUACAAGUCAUGUUGCUUGUAAGUUGAUGGAGAGUUCGAAUCUUUUGUUCGAAACUGUGACCAGCUUUAUUAAGCUGAGUCCUUACAGACCCUUCGGAACGUACGUCUUCAGCAAUGGGAACGGGAAGGUUGUGACCUUGAAGAACUCGGAUGCCGUUUUGCAGCUCUUGUUCUACUCUUGUCAGCCGAGCAGUGAAGACGGUAGAGACAUUGCCCAAAGAAGUUUCACAGAGCAUUUUGCAUACGAGAAUGAGCUGUUGCAAAGCUUCAAUGGGUAUAUUUCCUUGGAUGGUGAAAUAGAAUCAACUGAUGAGUGCAAUGACAUGAUUAACAAGGCUGCAGACGACAUAGGACUCAGCACAAGAGGUAGGCUGUGCCUACUUGCCGCCGGAGAAUCGGAGACACAAAAGAAAAAAAACAAAGAUAAAAUGGAUUCUAAGAAAGGACCUACUGAAAAAGCAUUGAAAGAAAUAGAGAACUACAAAAACAAGUGUGCGGUUCACAAGGUGGGGUAUUAUGAUUCAUUCAAGCUUCAAAAGAAUGAGGAAGACUUCAAAGCGAACGUGAAGAGGCUCGAGCUAGCGGGCAUCUUUGACGAGAUGAUUGAAAUGUUGAAAGGGUAUAAACUCCCUGAUCAAUUCGAGGGACUGAAGGAGUGGAUAGACAUCGGAACUAGGUACCGCCGCCUUGUUGAGCCCCUAGACAUUGCCAACUAUUACAGACAUGCAAAGAAUGAGGACACCGGGAAUUACAUGAAGAAUGGCAGGCCUAAGCGUUACAGAUACACGCAAAGAUGGCGCGAGCAUGCAGAAAAGAUGCGAGAAGAAUCAAGUGGGGAGUCCUGUUUUUGGGCGGAGGUGGAAGAGCUUUGGACUUUAAUGAAGAAACAGCCAAGUGAGCAGAAAACAGCUAAUUUUGGGGCGAGGGCUUUGAAGGUGCAAAAAGAAGUAUCUCAAUGGGGACAAGAUAAGGUAAUACAAACCGAUGUGUUCUUGAAUGGUUCCACUUUUGUCAAAUGGUGGGAAUCACUUUCCUUCCCAAACAAGUUAGGAGAGAUCGAACAACUCCUCAAUGGGCUAAAAAACUGACGUUGCAUCAUCACCAUUGGAUUGGAAUUCAACUAAUUAUGGUAUUAGGAUUCGUGUGGUUAAAAAUUUUUCCUGUUGUCAAGUGUGUUGGCUGUAAAAUAACAAAUAAAAUAUCUGGAUGUUUAUUUGCAUGUGACUGUUUGAGUUGUAGUUUUGGGCUUUUUAAAUUAGCUAUGUAAGAUAUGGAAUGCGGUUCAUCAACAACGACAAGGGAAAUUCUCAAGAAUGUCCUCAGAAAAUAACACUUUUAUUUCUACCAUCAA